UGCCAUGACAACCUCACAACGACACCAAGAAGACCAAUAGAAAAGCGAAACAAAAUGUUUCAAUGCUACACUCACGGUGGAUGUAGAGGAGAUAUUAUGAGACUGGGUGUCAUUAGGCGAUUGCUAUUGAAUCGUUGAAUCUUGACUCGUCGUUUCUUUUCCUUGAUAAUUUUCUUUUUCUCUCAGGUCAUUCCAUGGUUUUCAGAUCCCCUUUAGAGCUUUAUCCCUCCCAUUUCUUCCUGCCAAACUUCGCUGAUCGCUCUCUGCUCGUUGCGAGCAGUGCAACCAGCGCCAGAUCCCAAGAAGAGUUGUCAAUGUUUCAGCUACCGACCCUCAACUUCUCUCCAGAGCAAGUGGCGAGCGUCUGCGAGACGCUGGAAGAGACGGGAGACAUCGAGAGGCUGGGACGCUUCCUCUGGUCUCUGCCGGUGGCACCGGGGGCAUGCGAGGCGAUCAACAAGCAUGAGUCCAUCCUGCGCGCCCGAGCCGUGGUGGCCUUCCACACCGGGAAUUUCAGAGACCUGUACCACAUCUUGGAGAACCACAAGUUCACUAAGGACUCCCACGGCAAGCUACAGGCCAUGUGGCUGGAAGCCCACUACCAAGAGGCCGAGAAGUUGCGGGGUCGCCCCCUUGGUCCGGUUGAUAAGUACAGGGUGCGGAAGAAGUUCCCUCUCCCCAGAACCAUCUGGGACGGGGAGCAGAAGACCCACUGUUUCAAGGAGAGGACACGCAGCCUGUUAAGGGAGUGGUACCUCCAAGACCCCUACCCCAAUCCCAGUAAGAAAAGGGAACUGGCUCAGGCCACGGGACUCACUCCUACACAAGUGGGGAACUGGUUUAAAAACCGCAGGCAGAGAGACAGAGCGGCAGCUGCCAAAAACAGGCUUCAGCACCAAGCAAUGGGACAGAACGGCAUGCGCUCGUUGUCAGAGUCCGGGUGUACCCCACACAGCUCGGCCGAGUCCCCUUCCACGGUAGCCAGUCCGACCACCAGUGUAUCCAGCAUGACAGAAACGAGUCGACACGGGGACAUCCAUCCUUUCAGUAACCUCGAGCGACUCUGAAUGUGAUGUAUGAUA